CGCUUGAUAAGAAAGAAAGCAGACAUGGAGCGUUGGCUGAAUCGUGUUGCGGUAGUCACUGGUGCCAGUGCUGGUAUUGGUGCUGCUUGCGUCAAAUAUCUCGCAAACAACGGAAUGCUCACAGUUGGUCUGGCACGACGCAAGGAGCGUGUCGAAGCACUGCGUGAUGAAGUAAAUGCUGAGGCACGCGAUCGUAUACACGCCAUUCCAUGUGAUCUACGAAAAGAAGACGAUGUUAUUGCCGCAUUCAAAGAGAUUGAAACCAAGUAUGGACCUGUGGCUGUACUGGUAAAUAAUGCGGGUAUUUUACGCACGACCGAUUUGCUGGACGAGAAAAAUUCACAAGAUAUGCGUGACGUGAUGGAUACAAAUGUUUUGGGUACUGUGUGGAGCACUCGUGAAGCUUUCCGUUCGAUGAAGACCAACGAUGGUGAUGGGCAUGUCUUCCUCAUCAAUAGCGUUGCAGGACAUAAAGUCCCAAUUAUACCCAAUUUUUCAUUAAACAUUUACCCAUCGUCAAAGCAUGCGGUAACCGCUUUGAGGGAGGUUUACCGACAGGAGUUCCUCAACCAAAAUACAAAAAUUAAAGUGACUAGCAUCAGCCCUGGCAGUGUGAAAACUGAAAUUCUUGGCGAGGAUAAUUCAGGAUAUGAUAAUUUCCCCUGUUUACAAGCCGAGGAUGUCGCUGAUGCCCUAAUUUACUGCCUCCAGACACCGCCUCGUGUGCAGAUUCUCGAACUGCUUAUACAACCGCUCGGUGAAAUUCUUCAUUGGGAUUUUUUUCCUCCGAAUUUGGGGGCUGAAAGUGAUGAACAAGGCGAGCGAUUUCAUCAAGAUAUUGCUACGAUUGAAAAGCUUUAUGAGGACUUUUGGGAUCAAGGAAUGAUGAGCGACUACUGCUGGAUACAAAUUCGUGAAGAUUCCGCACAACUUAAAAGAAGAAGACAUAAAGUGGCAAAUAUGGAACGUUGGAAUAAACGCGUUGCUGUAGUUACUGGCGCUAGUUCAGGCAUUGGUGCUGCCAUCGUCCGUCAUCUCGCCAACAAGGGGCUAAUUGUCGUUGGUCUGGCUCGGCGUGCGGAACGCAUUCAAGCGCUGAGAAAUGAAGUGGAGCCCAGUGCUCGCAAUCGCGUGCAUGCGCUGCGUUGCGAUAUGCGCAAUGAGGCAGAAAUCGUUGCUGCUUUCAAGGAAAUCGAAGCUAAACACGGACCAGUGGCGGUUUUGGUAAAUAACGCCGGUAUUGGCCGUGCUAGCUCUUUGUUGGACGGAGGCAAUUCGCAGGAUGCGCGCGAUAUAGUUGAAACCAAUAUAUUGGGCAUUGUUUAUGCCACACGUGAGGCCUUCCGUUCGAUGAAGGCGAAUGGUGGUACUGGCCAUGUUUUCUUAAUCAACAGCGUCGCUGGACAUAGAGUGCCAAGCGUCAUAAAUAUGCCGAUGAAUCUUUAUUCACCAUCCAAAUAUGCGGUAACGGCGAUGGCCGAAGUUUAUCGCCAGGAAUUUACGAAUAUGCAAACCCAAGUGAAAAUUACGAGUAUAAGCCCUGGCUUUGUGGACACUGAAAUUAUCACUCCAACAAUGGCUGAAAAAAUAGCCAACAUGCCACUUUUGCAGGCCGAUGAUAUAGCCGAUGCCUUAAUUUACUGUCUGCAGACACCACCACAUGUGCAGAUUCAUGAGCUCACCAUAAAGGCUGUUGGAGAAAAGAUAUAAUGCGCCCAGUUAAAUAUUCCACAGUGUGAAGCGGAUUGAGGCAAAAAUACGCAUAUUAGUUGAAAUUAAAAUGUAAUGGUUUUAAAUUUGCUUUGCUGACCAAUUAUAGUGAUAAGUAAUUUUAUAUUCAGAUAUUAAAAAAAAAUAAUAAUUAUUAAAUUUGAUUUAUAAUUUAUGCACAUAAA